UGUAAUCUAUUCCGUACCGUGGUUCGUUCGUAAUAUUUCAAAGUGAGUGGGAGCUUGUAUUCCGUAACAUAAUCUUCCAUGCUCUCCUGAUAACUGGAUUGACUGACGUCUAUGGCAGUUACAUUGUCAGCUCGUCACCUCCCCACUAACAUCAUCAGUUCUUCAGAUUCAUCAAAUGGAAGAAAAUGCAAGUACACUGGUCAAUCUGUGAGAGCGAUUCCGAUACGAGUAUUAACAGUGGGGAAGAAGCGGUCUCUUGGGGUUCAGCUUAUUGUUGAUGAAUAUAAAGACAAACUACAACCUUAUUGUAGCAUAGAUGAUGUCUUAAUUCGCUCUAAUCCUAAAAAUGCGCGGGAUGUCAAGGCUCAGAUUGAAGAAGAAGACUCAGCUGUCGUAAGCCUCAUCAAGUCAAAUGAUUGGGUUGUAAUCUUGGAUGAGCAUGGACUAGAUGUGGGCUCAGAGCGGUUAGCUGAGCUUAUUGGAGAUGCAGGGUUCACGGGAGCUUCAAGAAUGCUAUUUUGCAUAGGUGGCCCAUAUGGUCAUGGAAGACAAUUAAGGCAACGUGCAAAUCAAUCGAUAAAGCUAUCAUCUUUGGUCUUGAAUCAUCAGGUUGCUUUAGUUGUGCUUAUGGAGCAACUAUACAGAGCAUGGACUAUUCUCAAGGGUCAGAAGUAUCAUCACUAGGAAUCUGCCUUGUCACCUGGAUUGUGCUGCAAAACCUGCAGGCAAUAUCAUCUGACAGUUGAUAUCUUCAAAAUAUUUAUCCUGUAAUUCCUGUUGUGAUGAUACAGUUGGAGAACGAUGAAGUGAUUCCCUAGUUAAUUACCUGACCUUAAACAUUCAGAAGACAUCCUUAGAUUCUCUUAUCCUGAAUGUAUAAAAAAUUAAUUAUUUGUCUAAUAUAUUUUAUACAAGUUCAGCCAUUAAAAACAAUUGAGAUGUUGCUGAAUCGCUGCAGAGCAGUACUUAGCUCCUAAGAGUCAGCCCAAAGCUUUUCUAGCAACAAUAAGAUGCAAAACGGCAAUUAAAAUGCAAGACAACUACUAAAGGCAUGGCCCAAUGUGAUUUUGGGAUAGGCUGCUACAUGAAGGCGUAGGAAAGGUUUGUGCCUGGCCCGAGGUUUCAGGAAAUGGCAUGGCAUAUUGGCAUGGCACGGUGCAAUGCACAUUUGGGGCGGCAUGAAAAUGGCCUGUGGGGGCAUUAAGGGAAAAGCAGACUUUGGUUCUUUUCACCUUAUUCUUAUUACUUGUUAGAUCAGACCAGAAUAAUCAGCCUAAAAAAAGCCAAAAGCACUCAUAGAAAAUAUUCAAACUAGACCAUAUCAGACCAUAAACUAGAAAAGUUAGACCAAAUCAGAUGAGGAGAACAAGGCCUAACAGAGUAAAAUGGAAAGCGGGAGCUGAUAAGUUAGGAAAUCGAAAACAGUGAUUGUGUUUUUUAAUUAGUUGGGCAGGCUUCUCUUAGGUUGAGACUAUUUUAAGAGGGGUGUUUGAAGAAGUAUUUGAUCUAAACAUAAACUCCGUCAUAAGGAAUUGUUCUGAAAACACCGCCAUUUCUUGGGAUUAUUGGCUUAGAUUCUUCCAUUUACAAAAUUAAAUUAAAAUUUGAUGAAUCAAAUAAUGUGAAACUCCAAAAUUGAUGGUCCUCUCCUCGUUUGUGAUGAAGAGAUUUGCAUCAGACGUUCUGCUAUACAGUAAAAUAGUACUCCCUCCGUCCCGGAAUACUCGACCCGGUUUGACCGGCACAGAGUUUAAGGGACUUGAAUUGACUUAUUUAAUUUAAUAGGUAGUAGUUGAUAGUGGGGUAUUAUUUUAAUGUAGUUAGUGGGAGGUGGGGUUGGGGGAGAGUAGAGGUUGAAUUUUUAAUUAUUUUUUGUAUGGAGUAGGGGGUAGGUGGGUUAGUAGGGGUGGAGUGAGAAAUAAUAUAAUAUUGUUAGAAUAUUUCCAUUUUUAGAAACAGGUCAAGUAUUAAGGAACGACCCGAUAAGAAAAACUGGUCAAGUAUUCCGGGACAGAGGGAGUAAUUGAUUACCACCAUUCACUACUUUAUUUUACUACAGAACCACCUGCAUUUUUGAUUCUGGUUGUUGAUGAAGCUAUUAUUUUGUUGUGUGGUUGUUGACGAAACUUUAAAUAUUACUGACAACACGUCUUCCUGUUGACCGGUUCCCAAUUCCUUCACCCCUCGUCUCCGUAUCCGUUGUUAUAUUUGUCUCAUCCUCUUACUCUGUACUCCAUAUAAGUUAAACAUAUACGUUUUCAGAGAAGCAAAUCGAGCAGCAGACUGGGUAGCAAAUGUAGGGCAUCUAGUUAGUGACACUUUAUAUGGGUUUUGAACCUUGUAAUUGCUCCCAUUUACUGUCCAUUUUAGAUAGUGAUUACUUAGGAGAACUCCUCGUGCGGAGGGGCUCCUAAGAUACUUUUCUCCUUACCUUCCAAAAAAAAAAAAAAAAAAAGUUAAACAUAUGUUAUUUAGUCCGAAUCUGUUGUUACAUUGUUUCAACCUCUUACUCUCGUACUCCUUCCGUCCCUUAAUACUCGCACCGGUUUGAUUGAUGCGGAGGUUAAGACAUUUGAAUUGACUUAUUAAUUUAAUAGUGUUAGUUGAUAGUGGUGUAUUUUUUUAAUAUAGUUAGUGGUAAAUGUGUAAGAGGUGGGGAGUGGUGAGUGGAGGUGUGAAUUUUUAAAUGAUUUUUUUCGUAGGGAAUAGGGGUGUAGGUGGGGUUAGUAAGUAAGUGUGAGAAAUAAUAUAAUAUUGGUAUAAAUUUCCAUUUACAAAAGCGGUGUAAGUAUUAAGGGACAGCCCGAAAAGAAAAGCGGUGCGAGUAUUAAGGGACGGAUGGAGUAUAAGUUAACGUAUGACAUUAUAACAUAUUACAUACACCGGGGUGCGCCGUGCACCCUUUUCAUAAUACUCCAUGUGAUUUUACAAAAGAUACCAAACCUUAUCUAGAAUAAGUGCAUAUUAGAAAAUCUAAUCACAAAACAAAUCGAGUAAUGUAUAAACUAUCAUUGUAAUAAGUUUUUCCGUACAUGGUAAAAUAAUUUGGGAGUUGUGACUAUUUAUUCUAACACGCAGUUAUUUUUACUAUUACAUAAAUAUAAAUAUGACUAGUCCAUAAUUUUGUAAGGAAUUAAUAAGUAGGUCCAAUUAAGAAUAUUACUCGACGUGCCAGCAUGUACAAUUGAUUGCCGUCUAUAAAGACAUGGCAACCAGUUUGCCUCCCUUCGUCCAAAAAGUUUAUCAUCAUCAUGUGAACAAAGAAAGCAAGAAUAGUCUUUACAACUUACACAAAAAUAUUAAAAAAAAUCAAUGAAAAGAUAUUAAAUUUGAUUAAUAAGUUGAAAUGUUAGUUAAGUUUAUACUCCCUCCGUCCCAGAAUACUUGACCUGUUUUCCUUAUUGGGCCGUCCCUUAAUACUUGACCUGUUUCUAAAAAUGGAAAUAUUAUAACAAUAUUAUAUUAUUUCUCACUCCACCCCUAUUAACCCACCUACUCCCUACUCCAUACAAAAAAUAAUUAAAAAUUCAACCCCUACUCUCCCCCAACCCCACCUCUUAACCCACCUCCCACUAACUACAUUAAAAUAAUACCCCACUAUCAACUACUACCUAUUAAAUUAAAUAAGUCAAUUCAAGUCCCUUAAACUCUGUGCCGGUCGAGUAGUUGAGAUAAUAUUAAUACAAGAGUCAAACUCAAACAUAAGACAUGUGUAGCAUGUCUUGCGCUGAUCAAGGUUGUGACUAGAGGACUGGUUCGUGCGGGCUUAGUAAAGCUACGAUAAGUAGGAUAUUGAUCUUUGCUAACUAUAAAUGGUAAAAUAUCAUCAACGGUAAUAUACCCAAAAUAUAUAAUGUAAUGAUCUUGUCAGUUGCAUUGUCAGAAAUCGAAUUUUUUUUAUGUACUUAACUUAGCUACUAAACAAUCUAACAAUUCUAUAAUAACCCUUUAUGCUUGUGUUAUUUUGUCCCUUGUUUUUUUCUUUACAUUCACUACCACUUUUAAAAUGACCAUUAUCAAUUUAUCAUUAACACGAAAGUAUUAAAUAUGCAUUACUACAACUAUCGGAGUACCAUUUAUCGCCACCUAUCAAACAUGUCAUUUAAUUAUUGUCUUAUUAGUAACAAAAUAGUGAAUUUAUU